UCUGUGCAUGGGGUGGUCCUGUCAGAGUUUGAGGUGCACGUGCUUGUAUUUGUUGCGGGUGCUCACGUUGUGUCUGUGUCAAUGUUCUGUUUCUUUUGGGGUUGGAGACAGGCGGUUGCAACCUGAGGAGUGUUGGUCAGUGGUGUUAGCUUUAGGGGUUUUUUUGACCCUGCCAAUGCAGUGAAGAAAGGAUGUUGCUGGUGGUCUGGUAGCUUACAAAGCUGAAUCUUCCUAUGCCCUUUUUUGAGUAAAACCGGAGACCCCUGGGCUUGUGGUACUGUGAGCCUAUAGUUUGGGCUGAUUUCAUUUAACAGAUACUUACUGAGUACUUGCUGAACUCUAGGCACUCAAGUGAUGUGCCUUCAAGUAGGUCACAGCCUUCUGGGUGAGCCCAGCACACAAACAGGGAAUUAUAAUAUAAUGUGAAAAUUGCAGGGAUAGAGAUACACAUUAGAUAUUAAUGAAAACAUUGAAGAGGGCCACCAAGCUCAGAAUCCUGGCAAAGAGGUUUAGGAGGUAAGAUGGCAAGUUUAAUAAGUUUAGGAUUACUCAGUAAGCGUUUAUUGAGUAACUCCUAGGUGCUAGGUCCUGUUCUACGUGCGGAGUGCUACAGGGUGAAUAAUACAGACCAAAAAAUCUCUACUUUCUUUUUUUCUUAUUUCUUAUUUAUUUAUUUAUUUACUUUAUUAUUGGCGGCUCGGGUGAGGCACGUGGGAUCUUCGUCGAGGCAUGCGGGAUCUUUCUUUGUCGUGUGAGCUUCUCUCUAGUUGUGGCGCGUCGGCUCCAGGGUGCGUGGGCUCUGUAGUUUUCUGCACGAGGGCUCUAAGUUGAAGCACGCGAGCUCAGUAGCUGUGGCGCGAGGGCUUAGUUGCCCUGCGGCAUGUGGGAUCUUAGUUGCCCCGCCAGGGAUUGAACCCUCGUCCCCUGCAUUGUAAGGUGGAUUCUUUACCACUGGACCACCAGGGAAGUCCCAGAAUCUCUACUUCCAUAGAGCUUACCUUCCUAGUAAGUUAAAGGAGGAAGACAGAAUAAAGACAAUUACUGAGGGCAUUAGAAAAUAUAGAGUAGGUAUUCUUCAAAGAAUUAAAAUGAGGUGAUAUGACAGUGAUGGGUCAAUUUUUUCUAAUCAUUAAAAAAAAUUUUUUUUAAAUAGGUAAUGCAAUUUGAAUAGCUGCUAAAUUCAAAACUUACAAAAGAGGAGCUUCUCAUUCCUGUACCUACUCUACCUGUUUUCCCUUCCUGGUGGCAACCCAUAUCACUGAUAUCUUAUAUGUUCUAGAAACCUGUAUGUAUAAUUUGUAUGCCUGUACUGUACUUUAUAACCAGGGCUCAUUUGAUAGGAAUUGAAGUUGUUUCCAAUCUUUGCUAUUAAUUAAAUUUAAUUUACAUACUAGCAUAGGAACAUUUGUCUAUACUGCUUGGUUCAUUUAGGCUGUCUUAUUUAAGGAGAGCAUAGACACACAUAUUACCAUUACCAUUUAGGCAAUAUCCAAUAGGAUGUGUUGGGGUUAAACUUACUAACAGAGCAGAUGUGAUUUAUAAACCCUUGUUAUCCUAUGGAGAGUGUGCUUAGGCUGGACUCAGCAUGGCUGGUAUUCUAAUAAAUAGUGACCUGGCUCCUGUAACAUCCCAUAACAGUCCCGUAACAUGGCAAGGAGCACGCAAGCCUUUGUGCAAAUCCCUUGUGGGAAAUCCCUUGGCCAGAGAAGUGGCCUUGUUAGAAAGGGGCACCUCCACAUCUCAGCAGCUGGUAUCAGCCUAUUCCUUGGUGAGGUGACUCUACUGGUCUUUCUUCACAUGGAGUAAUAUUGCCUCACUGAGGGAAGAAGGGAAAGGGGAUGACAGAAAUGUGAUUAUGAGGCUCCAUCUACUGGUGCUGGACUCUAAGUGUCAGACUUGAAAAAAUGUAUUCAGCAUCAUCUUUUUUCUCAUUUCUUCCACUUUGCAGUCUUUGCUCAUGUAACAUAUUUAGAAAAAAAUUCUUAGUAGAUUCAUCCCUGUUCUUCAUUGCUAACUGCAAAAAUGAUGAUCUUGGAAUGGAGUGGCAAUAAGAUAAUUCUUUUGAGGGUGCUCAGCUUUUCUUGGUCUUCCUAAACAAGUCUUAUCUGGCUCUUCUGGAAAUUAACAGUAGUUUAGUAAUAGACGUAUUUAAUACUUUUUACAAAGUUAUGAGACAGUGUCAAAGAAUAACACAGCCAGACAUUAGUUAAAGCAGUGAAAACAGACUUUAUUUAGUAAUUAUUGACAGUAGGAGAAAGAGCUAAACUCCAUUCCAAUUUGUGUGGAAGUGAUUAGGGGGUGUGUGUGUGGGUGCUCAGUAGAGUCGGAGAAGUAAAAAAUUAUAAAGGGUGGGUCAGUGUAAAUGCAGUUAGGCCAGCUGGCAGUUGUCAAAGUUAGGAUUCCAUCCUGUCACAGAGACUGAGAGACAGAGGCCCUGUCCUUCCUGAUGAUUACAUUUCAAAGGGGGAAUUCCCUGGCAGUCCAGUGGUUAGGACUCCGUGCUUUCACUCGGAGGGCGCAGGUUCAAUCCCUGGUGGGAGAACUAAGAUUUUGCAAGCCUCAUGGUGCCGCGAAAAAAACAAAACAAAAUAAAAAACAUUUCAAAGGAAUGGUUCUCAGGUUCUUGAGAGAGACAUGUCUGAGUUGCAGGAGAUACAUGUUCACAAUUGUAAGCUGGUUUUUCUUUCUUUUUUUUUUUUUGUGGUACACUGGCUCUCACUGUUGUGGCCUCUCCCGCUGUGGAGCACAGGCUCCGGACGCGCAAGCCCAGCGGCCAUGGCUCACGGGCCCAGCCGCUCCGCGGCAUGUGGGAUCCUCCUGGACUGGGGCGUGAACCCGUGUCCCCUGCAUCGGCAGGUGGACUCUCAACCACUGCGCCACCAGGGAAGCCCUUAUUGCCAUGGACAGCAACCACCAAAGUAAUUACAAACUCAGUAAAACUGAGAAGAAGUUCUUAAGGAAACAGAUUAAAGCCAGGCAUACUUUGCUGAGACAUGAAGGCAUUGAGACAGUAUCCUAUGCUACUCAGAGCCUGAUUGUUGCCAAUGGUGGUUUGGGUAACCGAGUGAGUAGGAACCAACUGCUCCUGGUGUUAGAGAAGUGUGGAUUGGUGGAUGCUCUCUUAAUGCCACCUAAUAAGCCCUACUCAUUUGUAAGAUACAAAACUGUAGAAGAAUCCAAGAAAGCCUAUGAUACUCUCAAUGGAAAAGAAAUAGUGGAUGACUUAGGACAAAAGAUUAUUCUGUACUUGAAUUUUGUAGAAAAAGCACAGUGGAAAGAGUUGGGGCUUCAAGCCUUGCCUCCAGGCCUCAUGGUAAUAGAAGACAUUAUUUCUUCUGAGGAUGAGAAAAUGCUUUUGGAAAGUGUUAACUGGACAGAAGAUACAGACAAUCAAAAUUUUCAAAAAUCCUUAAAACACAGAAGAGUAAAGCAUUUUGGCUAUGAAUUCCACUAUGAGAACAACCAUGUAGAUAAAGAUAAGCCAUUACCUGGGGGUCUUCCGGACAUUUGUGAUAGCAUUUUGGAGAAAUGGUUGAAGGAAGGUUUCAUUAAACAUAAACCUGAUCAACUGACUGUUAACCAGUAUGAACCUGGGCAUGGAAUUCCUGCUCAUAUUGACACACAUUCUGCGUUUGAGGAUGAGAUCGUUUCUCUCAGUUUGGGGUCAGAGAUUGUCAUGGAUUUUAAGCACCCAGGUGGUGUCACAGUGCCUGUUAUGCUGCCUUGUAGGAGUUUGCUGGUGAUGACAGGAGAAUCUAGAUACCUUUGGACCCAUGGAAUCACACCCAGAAAAUUUGAUACUGUUCAAGCGUCCAGGGGUCACAAAAGUGGAAUUAUCACUGGAGAUGUUGAAGACUUAACUUUAAGCAAGAGGGGAAUACGGACAUCAUUUACCUUUAGGAAAGUGAGGCAAACACCUUGUAAUUGUAGUUACCCUUUGGUCUGUGACAGCCAGAUGAAGGAGACUUCCACAUCAUUUCCAGAGAGUGAUAAAGAAGCCUCACAACUGGAGCAAGAAUAUGUCCAUCAAGUUUACGAAGAAAUUGCUAGACACUUUAGCAGCACGAGACAUACCCCUUGGCCACACAUCGUGGAGUUUUUGAAAGCUUUGCCAAGUGGUUCAUUAGUUGCUGAUAUUGGAUGUGGAAAUGGAAAAUAUCUUGGCAUCAAUAAGGAGUUAUAUAUGAUUGGCUGUGAUCGUAGCCAAAACCUUGUGGACAUUUGUAGAGAGAAGCAUUAUCAGGCCUUUGUCUGUGAUGCUUUGGCAGUACCAGUCCGCAGUGGGUCUUGUGAUGCUUGCAUCUCCAUUGCUGUUAUUCACCAUUUUGCUACAGCAGAGCGUAGAGUGGCAGCUCUCCAAGAACUUGUUCGACUCCUAAGACCUGGUGGGAAGGCACUCAUCUAUGUUUGGGCAAUGGAACAAGAAUAUAAUAAUAAUAAGUCCAAGUAUCUUAGAGAAAACAGAAUUAGCCAAGAAAAGAAAGAGGAAAUCAGCAAUGAUACAUCAGUGCAAGAGUUGCUUGUGAAGCAGAUGCCUGAUGUGGGCAAUCACGAUUCAGCACCUUCUGUUCCCUCCAUUAAUGACUUUCAGGAUAGAGGAUAUAAUUCAAGGAAAGUUACUAAUUCCAAGUUGCCUAUUCACACUAAUAGGACUUCUUUUCAUUCUCAAGACUUACUGGUUCCCUGGCACCUUAAGGAAAAUCCUGGUAAGGGCAAGUCUAUUGAGCCAUUUGGACCAUUAGGAUCCCAUGACCCAGGUCCUGUGUUUCAUCGUUACUACCAUGUGUUCUGUGAGGGAGAAAUGGAAGCUGCCUGCCAGACUUUGAGUAAUAUCAGCAUACUGCAAAGCUACUAUGAUCAGGGGAACUGGUGUGUGAUUAUUCAAAAGGUCUGAUCAUCUCUAUGAACAUAUAUACAGUGAAUAAAUGUUCAGCUUUUUUUAAAAAAAAGGAGAUUAAAUUACCUGUAUUAUUAGUUAAAGAGAAACCGUGAGGAAAAGUAUCAAAGGAGAGUGCCUGAGAGAAAUUGUAAGUAGAGAUUAGUUAGGAAAUAUUCGAUCUUCUACUAUUGCUGACAUCAUUUAAUCCAUAAAUGUAGGCUUCUCCUAUAGGGAGUAACAGGGAUGGUUUUUAAAAGUGAUUGAAGUAGUUUGUGAAAUAUUUGGGAUCCUAGGGUAAGAGCACAGCAUUUUAAAGAUAAACUUUUGUUAUAAAGUGUUACUAAAUGAACUAAAUCGUAUAGAAUCUUAGUGAAGUAAUCACAUAACAUUUUAUCAAUAAUAAAGAAAAUAUUCCU